CACCCCAAAGUGGGGCACUCAGCUCAAAAUUAUCUGACUGUAAUUCACUGGUGUAGACAGGCGCAGUGCUGCCUUCUGAAUUCAAAACCAACAUUUUCACUUUACUGUCGUGUAAAAGCAGGAUAUUUUGUGAGUCGUCAUGAAGCCAGCAGCGGCUCUGCUGGGCCUCGUCCUCCUGCUGGACACAGUCUUUGCUGCGGAAGAGUCCUGUGUGGGUCGCUGUGGCUCCUUUGCAUCGCAGAGGAAAUGUCAGUGUGACAACAUGUGUGUGUACUAUGGAAGCUGCUGUGGGGACUUUGACACCGUCUGCCCUAAAAAAAUUGCUCGUGGAGAUACCUUCGAGGAAGGAGAUGAAGUAACAGAAGCAGUGACGACUCUUCCCCUGAGCACACCAACAACUUUCAUAACAACUUUCAACACAGUUGCAGCAACCACUCCCGCCUCUCCCCAGCCCACCACCACACAGGAGCCCACCCCAGCUGUAGACCCUGACGCAGGGCCCUGCAGCGCUCGACCUUUUGAUGCUUUUCUGCAGCUGAAGAACGGGUCGAUCUUUGCAUUUAGAGGUGAAUACUUCUUUGAGUUGGAUGACAAGUCCAUGCUUCCUGGUUACCCUAAACUCAUCCAGGAUGUGUGGGGGAUCUCUGGACCCAUCGACGCUGCAUUCACACGCAUCAACUGUCAGGGAAAGUCCUACAUCUUUAAGGGGAACAAGUACUGGAGGUUUGACGGCGAUGUCUUGGAUGAGGACUAUCCGCGAGACAUUUCAGUCGGCUUUGAUGCCAUACCAAAUGACGUUGAUGCUGCGUUUGCCAUACCAGCACCAAGUCACCGUGGCAAAGAAAAAGCCUACUUUUUCAAAGGGGACAAAUAUUACCAGUAUGAGUUCAAGCACCAGCCUUCUCAUGAGGAAUGUGUCCACAUGAGCCGGUCCUCUCCGUCUGUGCUGUUCACACGAUACACGGAUCUCUUCUGUGAUCAGACAUGGGAGGAUUUCUUCAUAGAGCUCUUUGGAAGCCCAAUCAGCAGUCCCCACACAGGCCCUCGUUUCACCAGCAGGGACUGGCAGGGUAUCAUUCCCCCUGUAGAUGCUGCCAUGGUGGGACGAGUCUACCUCAGUCCCAAACCUACGCCAUCUUCUCCUCGUCAAACAAGGAGGCGCAGCAGUUGGAGGGGGAGGCCCAGCAAGAAGCGUGCACAGCGAAGAAGGCUGAGUCGCCACGUGUUGUUUGAUGAUUUGUGGGGUUAUGAUGACUUGUUUGACUAUAGCGAUUACAGCGACAUCUUUAGCGAGACCACCACGCAGGAGCACAAAAGCACCCCUGUCCAAAAUGUGUAUUUUUUCAAGAGAGAUAAAUACUUCAGAGUGGAUCUGCAGACCAAACGUGUGGACUCUGCCAACCCUCCUUACCCACGAUCCAUUGCCAAAUACUGGCUGGGCUGCGAGCAUGAAGAGACACCUGACGCUUCCAGGGCAGAGAAGAGAUAGGCCAGCUGACUGAGUCCGUAGUCCGGAGAAAAAAAACAGAAAUUCACUCUCACUAUAAGCACCUCUCAUGUUGACAAGUCUCAAUUACAGUAUGGACUUAUAAUAGCAUGUGUUAUUUUUGUAGCUUGCAUUUUGUUCACAAUAAAUACCCCCUCUGAUGUGCCGUCUAAUUUUAGGUGGAUAGGCUGAAACUGUGCAUGAUUUAAUAAACUUGACAUUUCAGUUCUG